GCUUCGGUGCUUUAUUUAGUAUCAAAACAAACCACCAGAAUUAAUAAAAUUGUGCUAGAAAAAUUGCGAACUUCGUUAGGACACUGCUCAAUAAAUACAAACCUGCCAACAAGAAGUUUAUUUAUACGAUCGAAACUCCAUGAAAACGAUUGUGCACGAUAUCGACUACGACGCGAUGGACUUGUCACAAAAGAUUGGUCUACGAAAUAUGUGUCUGUUCGGUCUGCUAGCGGAAAAGUGGACCCCAAAACUACCGCACUGGGUACGAAUGUGCUUGGGGACAUUUUCCAAAAGAAACAAAAUAAAGGGCAUCACCCAGCGUCCGGAGAGAAUAUUGGCACUUACGAAGGACCGGAGAUCACCGCCACGGAUAUGAUAAAGGCUAUGGGAAUGUAUAUUUGGCCGAAAGAUGACGCUCUGGUGAGAAAAAGGGUCCUCAUAUCGCUAGGCCUUCUCGGGGGUGCGAAAGUGCUGAACGUGUGUGUGCCUUUCAUGUUCAAAAUAGGAGUGGACAACUUGAGCACGCUGAAUAUGGAUACGGUUCCUCAAGCGGCCGCCUCAAUGACAAUUGCCGUUCUACUAGGAUAUGGCAUUGCUCGGGCGGGUGCCGCAGGCUUCAAUGAACUUCGAAAUGCGGUUUUCGCUAAGGUUGCCCAACAUUCGAUAAGAAAAAUUGCUACCAACGUGUUCCUUCAUCUGCACAAUCUAGAUUUGAACUUUCAUUUGAGUAAACAAACCGGGGCCUUGUCAAAGACCAUCGACCGUGGAUCUCGAGGCAUCAAUUUCGUUCUAACAGCGAUGGUGUUCAAUGUUGUACCAACCAUUUUCGAGCUGGCGCUGGUAUCCAGUAUUCUUGGUGCUAAAUGCGGUCUCGCCUAUGCCGCUCUUUCGAUGGGUUGCGUUGGAGUGUACAGUGCCUAUACUCUAGCAGUCACUCAAUGGAGGACCAAGUUUCGAGUUUACAUGAAUCAAGCGGAAAACGAAGCUGGAAAUAAGGCAGUGGAUUCGCUAAUUAACUACGAAACCGUCAAGUAUUUCAACAAUGAGUUGUACGAAGCGCAGCGUUAUGACGAUGUUCUAAAGAAGUAUGAAGCAGCUAGCUUGAAAACAAGUACCAGUUUGGCACUGUUGAACUUUGGUCAGAAUGCAAUAUUUAGCGUUGCCCUUAGCACCAUUAUGGUCAUGGCAGCGAAUGAGAUUGUGAAGGGUAACAUGACCGUGGGUGAUUUGGUGAUGGUCAACGGGUUACUGUUUCAGCUAUCUAUACCGUUAGGAUUCCUUGGUAGUGUCUAUCGAGAAGUUCGACAGGCUUUGUUGGACAUGAGAACGAUGUUCACUUUGAUGGGAGUUGAAAGUGCCAUUCAAAACGCGGUCAACGCCCCCGCUUUGCGAAUUGAACGGGAAACGGCUUCGAUCGAAUUCAAAGAUGUUUGCUUCCAAUACAAGAACAGCAACACGAUUUUCGAUAAGCUUAGCUUCACAAUUGCUCCCGGAAAAAAAGUUGCCAUCGUCGGUGGAUCCGGAUCUGGUAAGUCCUCCGUUGUACGUUUGCUUUACAGGUUUUUCGAACCUACCUCCGGUCAGAUAUUAAUAAAUGGACAAGAUAUUCGAGGGGUGGAUCUUGCAAGUUUACGAAAAGCCAUUGCCAUAGUUCCACAAGAUUCGGUAUUGUUUCACGAUACCAUUCGACAUAACAUUCAUUAUGGCGAUUUAACCAAAAGUCAAGAGGAAAUGGAACAUGCCGCCCGAAUGGCCGAUUUGCAUGACUCCAUCAAGAGAUGGCCCAAGCAAUACGAUACACAGGUUGGCGAACGUGGGCUCAAACUGUCCGGAGGCGAAAAACAACGCGUAGCCAUUGCAAGAGCGAUUUUAAAGAAUUCUCCGAUUUUGGUUUUCGACGAAGCAACCAGCAGUUUGGAUUCCAUAACUGAGCAAAACAUCCUGAAGGCACUCGAGCGAGCCACAGAGCAUCGAACAAGUAUUUGUAUUGCUCAUAGAUUGUCCACGGUUAUGGAUGCAGAUGAAAUUUUGGUACUUGAGAAUGGUCGUGUUGGACAGCGAGGAACGCACGAGGAACUUCUUCGGCGCGAUGGUCUUUAUACAAAACUUUGGGAGACACAAAACAGGUUAUAUAACGUGGGAAACAAUGUGAAAAACAGUAAUAAACAAUAGAUAGUAAGGUUUAAGGAAUGGCGAGUCGUUACAGCAUGAAACAAGGACUUCGUUGUAUAAAAGAUGUAGAAAAUUGAUUCUGUACAUAUAUAUGCCUUUAUAGAAUAAAUUAAAAAUGCAUUAUUUUUUAGGGAAUCUAUUGUUGUUUAAACAUACUUAUUUAUAGAAAAUAGA